AUGAUCCGAAGAGGCGCGAACAAUGAAAGAGGGCGAAACGACUCAUCUGUAGAUUCCAGUAGGAGCGAUGAAGAGCACCAUGACAUUGAUGGAAGUCCACUAUCGAGGAGCCCUCAAGAAGCCGACCAACAAGCCUGCACAAAAAGCUGCAAUCGUCGUGUAAGUGGAAGUAUUGGUCGGCUGCGACAAAAUCACCAGCUAAUCUGGGCUUUCCAGGCAAGCAUGCUACUCUUGUGCCUGCAUUCAGUAGCAAGUCGAUUCGAUUCAAUAUCGGCAGUCCCAACGGUGGAGGGUAUGCAGAGGAGGCUUUCGGUGAGAGAACAACAAACAAGAAGUGACACCAGCUUUCGUCAGCCACGCGUUCUUCAAGUGGAAGACUCAUCCUUUCAAGCUUCUCAGAAUCUUGUUCAUCGUGAUGAACACAACGCGUCGAAAUAUGAAAUUCAAAUCACAAAGAGCGAGAGACGUGCCAAUAAGAAGAAUCUAAGAAAUAGCUAUCAAUACAAGAAGUGGCAACGAGACCCACUAAGAGAGGGAGAUUGUGAACCCAUGGAUCCUUGGCAAGAGACGAGCUUUCCUAGCUGUAACCUCAUGCAUGAGGUUGACGUAGCACAACAAAUGGAAGUGUUAACAGAAGGAGGCUAUAAUACGAUCUACAAGAUGAAGGACAUUGACGGAGCCACCCACAUUGUCAAGAUUCUAAAGUACGAAAGGGAUUACAGUGACCGCAACUUCGAUCGCGUGCGGCGCGAUUCUUUGCUCAUGGAACGAGCGUCUGGCUCCGAUUAUGUCAUCGAUACCUACAGCUUUUGUGGGUUUGCUCAAGUCAUUGAAUAUGGCAAGGGCGGAAGCCUUGGUGACUUUUUGCAUAGCGAUUAUAGACGCAUAGCGCAAAACCAAAAGCUUCAGAUUGCUACCCAGGUUACUCAAGCUUUGGCCGAUCUGCACAAUCUAGAGGGCACGGGCAUCUCGAGCACUACUCACGGAGACUUUGCCACCAAACAGUAUAUUUUCGUAAACGGCAGAUUCAAACUGAGCGACUUCAAUCGAGGGCGUUUCAUCCGAUGGAACAAGAAAACGCAAGAGGCCUGUCCGUACACAAUCGGUCACAAUGGAGACAAGUUCCGAGCGCCAGAAGAAUACAUCAAGGGGGCACCUCAAACUGCGGCUAUCGAUGUAUGGGGAUUAGGAAGCCUGCUUGUAGAGGUGGUAUCGGGGCUUCCAGUUUGGUACGGAUACGACAAUGAGGUUGCGCAGAAGGCGAUUCUGGAGGGAAUAAAGCCACCAUUCCUCCGUGAACAAAUAAGUAACCCAUCCGGUCCAAUCAACGAGGUGCUAUUGAAAGCUAUCGAUAUGUGCUGGGUUUAUGAAGCGAAGGAUCGACCAAAGGCUGGGGUCAUUUUGGGUUACUUGAAAAAGGAAGCAAUGAGGUUGGGAAUUAAGUGGAAUGAGCCAUUCAAAUUGAAUGGCCAGCAUCAAAAAACGUGGAGUUAG